CAUCCGGAUCUUCACGGUGGAGCUCGGGGAGCGUCACACGAAAAUCGGGGAGCUCACGGCCGAUGUGGAAAUCUUCAACAAAAAGCUCCGUGAACACGAGGCCGAGCUGGAGACUCGGGACCGCCGGAUCCUGGAAAAUGAGGCUGAGAUCAGGCACCUGAAGGAGCUGCUGGGGGAUCAAGAAUCCGAGAUCCGAAAACUGCAGGAGGAGCUCGAGGCGCUGAAGGAGCGGGACAGAGAUGAACAACCCGAGGAAAUGGAGGCUGGACCGGAAGCGGAAGUGGAGGAGGAACCGGAACAGGAAGUGGAGACUGAACCGGAACAGGAAGUGGAGACUGAACCGGAAGUGGAUGAAGAAGCGGAAGUGGAGACUGAACAGGAAGCGGAAGUGGAGCUUGAACCAGAAGCGGAAGUGGAGGAAGAAAACCAGGAAAAAAUCGAGGAAGAGGAAGCAGAAGAGAAGGAAAAGGAAAAAGAGGAAAAUGCUGAAAUAGAGGAAAUAAAGGAAAAUGAAAAGGAGGAAAAUGAAGCAGCAGACCCGGGUGAAGUUGACAAAACCCUGGGUGAGUUUGGAUCCUGUUGGUGGAGCUGAAGGAAAAACAUCCCAAAAUAUCCAAAACAUCCCAAAAUAUCCCAAAAUCUCCUAAAAUAUCCCAAAAUAUCCAAAAAAAUCCCAAAAUAACCCAAAAUAACCC